AGUUUCCCAUUUCCGUUUUCGUGUGUGACGUUUUAGAGAAAAUGGAGAGGUCCUCGUCGCCUCCUCUGUUGUUGCUACUGCUGCUCUCUGCCCUUGCCGUCGUCUGCUCCGCUGUCGAGCCGCCUCAGAUCACCGUGAAGCCCGACGUUGCUCCCGAGUCCCUCCAGAUUAACUACAUCCAGGAAGUUGGAAGCUGUUCUUACGAGGUUACAGUAGCAACAAGCUGUUCAUCUCCUUCAUUUAUCACUGACGAAAUCGGUGUGUUGUUUGGAGAUUCUCAUGGAAAUCAGAUUGUGGAGAAGAAGCUGAGCAAUGGAGACAAGGUGUUUGAUAGUUGUAAUACAGAUAGGUUUGUUCUAAACGAUCGACCCUGCAGUGUCCAAAUCAGUUAUAUGUAUAUCUAUAAAGACGGAGCUGACGAUUGGCUUCCGAACUCUGUUGAAAUCUCUGGCUCUGGAAUCAAACCCGUUCUGUUCAUCUUCAAAUCCUCCAUCCCAAGCAACACUUGGUUUGGCUUUGAUUUACGCCAAUAUCCUUUUCUAUCGCCGCCGUCCUACAACCCGUACCCUCCUUUUCCAUCGUUGUCUCCUCCUCCUCCUCCUCCUCCUCCCCAUCCCCUGCCACCGCCGCCGGAGCCAAUUCUUUCUCCUCCGCCUCCACCUAAGCCUGUUCUUCCCCCACCGUCUCCUCCUCCUCCUCCUCCCCAUCCCCUGCCACCGCCGCCGGAGCCAAUUUUUUCUCCUCCGCCUCCACCUAAGCCUGUUCUUCCCCCACCGCCUCCUCCUCCUCCACCUAAGCCUGUUCUUCCCCCACCGCCUCCUCCUCCUCCUCCUCCACCAUCAUCCUCCAGCAAAAUCUCUGGUCUGAAAUUGGCUAAGGUAUCUGUGGUUUUGGGAUUGCUGUUUGCUCUUCUGUGAUUCUGCAGUAGCUGCUUGCUUUAUGUAGUAGUUUGAUUUUGUAGUGGUGGGUGGGUGAUGUUAAUGUUCAAGUUUCAUCCCCCAUUCCACCAUGUUGUAGUACCAAUGUAUGCUUUCAAAGCAUUAGUGAAACUUUAUCUUUUCAGCUGUAUGGCUAUGGGCCUGGUGCAAUUCCGCAGCCACUGUUUGUUCUAUGUGGGUGGCGGUUGAGAAUGGUAGCUCUAUGGUGGUGGGUGAUACUAUAUUUACGUUUCACCCCCUUUUCCACCAUGUUUUAAGGUCUAGACAAGCAAGUUUUACCGAACCUCUUUAUGUUAUCGUCUUUCAGUUGUAUGGGAUGCAUGCCUUCUCUAUGAAAGUCGGCCAAGCUAUCUAUGUCGAAAGUUGUAUGGUGUUUUAUUUGUCAAUAAUGUGGGAUGGAGUGGAUGUGUUAAAUUUU